UCCUUCAACUCAGCCAUGGCUUCCUAUAUCGUCUUUUCCACACUUCUCCUCUUCUUCUUCAACCCCUCUUCCACUUUCGCGCAACAAUCUUUCCGGCCAAAAGCCCUCGUCGUCCCAGUCUCAAAAGACGCUUCUACCCUCCAAUACACCACCCACAUUUCCCAAAGAACCCCUCUCGUCCCCAUAAACCUAGUCCUCGACCUAGGCGGCCAGUUCUUAUGGGUCGACUGCGAACAAAACUACGUGUCAUCCACGUACCGCCCAGCGCGUUGCCACUCGGCCCAGUGCUCUCUCGCGAAAGCCACCGGCUGCGGCGAUUGCUUCUCCUCCCCGAAACCCGGAUGCAACAACAACACCUGCGGCCUCACCCCCGACAACACCUUCACGCACACAGCGACAGGCGGUGAGCUCGCAUCCGACGUCGUUUCAGUCCAGUCAACCACCGGUUCCAACCCGGGACCAAACGUCACCGUUUCGCGGUUCCUUUUCGCUUGCGCGCCGACUUUCUUAUUACAAGGCCUUGCUGCGGGGGUUUCGGGGAUGGCUGGACUCGGCCGCACCAGAAUAUCUCUACCUUCGCAAUUCGCAUCGGCGUUCAGCUUCGACAGGACGUUCGCCAUCUGUCUGUCGUCCUCCACGCGUACUGACGUAAACGGCGUCGUCUUUUUCGGGGACGGUCCCUACGUGUUCCUCCCGAGAAACGUCGACGUUUCGCAGUCCCUGAUCUACACCCGGCUGUACAUUAAUCCAGUCAGCACGGCGUCGGCUUUCACCCAAGGCGAGCCCUCGUCCGAAUACUUCAUCCAAGUCAACGCCAUUAACGUCAACGAGAAAGCCGUCGCCAUCAACACGACGCUUCUAUCUAUCGACGGCGAGGGCGUCGGUGGGACCAAGAUCAGCACCGUCAACCCCUACACGGUCCUCGAGGCCUCCAUAUUCAAGGCCGUGACUGAGAUGUUCAUCAGCGAAGCUAAAGCCAGAAACAUCACUCAAACAGGCGCUACUGGCCCGUUCGAGGUGUGCUUCAGCACAGAAAAUGUGCUGAGCACGCGCGUUGGGCCGUCCGUGCCCAGCAUUGACUUUGUGUUCCAGAACAACAGCACGUUCUGGAGGGUGUUCGGGGCGAACUCUAUGGUGCAGGUGAACGACAGCGUUUUGUGCCUUGGGAUUGUGAACGGCGGCGAGAAUCCGAGAACUUCUAUCGUGAUCGGAGGGCUCCAGCUGGAGGAUAAUCUGCUGCAGUUCGAUUUGGCCACGUCAAGGCUAGGGUUCAGCUCAUCGCUUCUGUUUACGCAAACUACGUGUGCCAACUUCAACUUCACGUCCAUUAAUUAAUCAACUAAUUAAUUAACGUUUAGCUACUUAAUUUUAUGUUGAAAUUUGAAUAAUGUAUCACACUUUUUAUUAUUAUUAAGUGGCCAGAUAUGAUUGCACCAAUAUUUAUUGGCCACAAAUAGUUUUUGUUUGUUUGAUAAAAUAAUGUUUGUUUGGGUGUAAUGUUAUACUUGCAAUGCUUACUUGAAUACAUAGAGGUUUUAUGCUU